CAUUUCAUCCCAUCUUUCGAUCGAUCGAUCCAUGGCGCUGGCGGCGGGCAGCAGCGGCAUUCUCCAGGUACGCUGCGCCGAUGAGAUUCGCGACUCGCGCGCCCUGGCGCCUGUGCAAUGCCGUGGAUCGGCGCUGCGAAAAUCGCUGCGCGCGCAAUAUUUCGCCACGAGGAUGCAUUGCCUCGCCACCGCGAGGAGAACAAGGCUGUGGCGGGUGAGAGCUGUGGCGGAUUCAGGGCCGCAAUCGCGGAGGAUUCACUAUCACAGGAACGAUGGAAAGUAUGACGAAUGGGGACUUCAUGUCUGGGGAAGUCCAGAGAUUGCCACAAAAUGGGAGAAGCCUUUAUCUCCAUCGGGAUCGGACAAGUUUGGAGUCUACUGGGAUUUGAUCGGCCAAGGAGUCGAAAACAUCAACUUCAUCAUUCAUCGUGGAGAUAGACAGGAUGGUACUGGCUCGAUGAAUUCUCAACACAAGGCUGCGUGGAUUGUGUCGGAGCGGCCCACAGUGUUUUACGAUGAACCGGACCUUGAUAACUUACCUCAGGGGAAUUUGAAUCUUGCAAGAGUUUUCUGGGUAAAUAAGGACUUGCUGGCCUGGAAUGUGGAUGCACAAGAUGGAAGCUUCUUCUUACAUGCAAGCCAACACGCACAACUACAACUUACUGGGCGAGGCAUAGAAGGUGCCGACACUAUAAUUCAGCUGGAAGUUGACACGCAUGAUCUUCCGGCCGAGGUACUGGAAAGGCUCCCACAUAUUUCUGGCUAUCAUGCUCUACGGCUACCUCGUGACGCGGACUGCAAGAAACUUAUAAAAUGUCAAUUGGCAGUAGGAGCAAGUAAUGCUUAUGGAGCACCUAUUGAUGCAUCUGGAGUACAGCUUCCUGGUGUACUCGAUGAUGUCUUGCGUUAUGAUGGUCCACUGGGAGUGACAUUCUCCGAAACAGAGUGUACUUUCAGUAUUUGGGCUCCCACUGCUCAGAAUGUCCGUCUUUUUCUGUACACAGAACCCUCAGGAGGAGAACCUGAGGCCGUUAUUCAGCUUGACGAGAAACAUAACGUUUGGACUGCAUCGGGACCGAAAGACUGGGUUGGAAAAUAUUAUUUGUAUGAGGUGACUGUCUUUCAUCCGUCCACAUUACAAGUUGAAAUUUGCCUCGCAAACGAUCCCUACUCGAGAGGCUUGUCUGCUAAUGGAGAACGAUCUCUUGUUAUCGAUCUUUCUGACCAUAAUCCUGAAAACUGGGAUCGUCUCUCAUCUGAGAAGCCCAUGCUUCAUUGUUUCAAUGACAUGGCCAUUUACGAGCUUCACAUACGGGACUUCAGUGCAAGAGACCAAACAGUACCUGAAAAUUUACGAGGAACGUUUCUAGCAUUUUCUGAAAUGGAAUCUGCUGGAGUGAGGCACCUGAGGAGUUUAGCUGAGGCAGGUCUCACUCAUGUACACCUUCUUCCUAGUUUUGACUUCGGAAGUGUUAAUGAAGUCAAGGAAAAAUGGAAGACGCUUGAUUACGACAGACUGGAGGGCCUUCCACCAGAUUCCGAAGAACAACAGGAGGCUGUUGUAGCUAUACAAAACGAAGAUGGAUUUAAUUGGGGAUACGACCCCGUCAAUUGGGGUGUUCCCGAUGGAAGCUACUCCACGGAUCCAAACGGACCCCGCAGAACAUUUGAAUUUCGGUCAAUGGUCCAGUCGAUAAAUCGCCUGGGCCUGCGAGUUGUCCUGGACGUUGUGUACAACCAUUUGCACGGAAAUGGUCCUUCGGAUCAUCUCUCUGUUCUGGAUAAAGUUGUUCCCGGAUAUUAUCUUCGUCGAAACAAAGACGGAGUCAUUGAAAACAGUACAUGCAUGAACAAUACUGCGAGCGAGUUUUACAUGGUCGACCGGUUGAUAGUUGAUGACCUGCUGAUGUGGGCGACACAGUAUAAGGUGGACGGGUUCAGGUUCGACCUUAUGGGACAUAUCAUGAAAAGAACUAUGGUUUGCAUCUCGUGCCAGUUUGUAAGUUGGCCUAAGACCUCGUUUCAGAUGCGAGCCAAAACUGCACUUCAGAGUUUAACUGAAGAGAAAGACGGUGUGGAUGGAUCUAAAAUUUACUUAUACGGAGAAGGCUGGGAUUUUGGAGAGGUUUACGGAAAUGGACGAGGUGUUAAUGCAACGCAACUUAACCUGCCAGGAAGUCAAAUCGGCAGUUUUAACGAUCGAAUGCGAGAUUCGGCUAUUGGUGGAUCUCCUUUCGGUGAUCCUCUCGAGCAAGGAAUAUUCACAGGCCUUUCUUUGCAGCCAAACAGUUUACCUCAAGGCGAUGAAGAGAACAUGGCCAAGAAUUUGGCUCGCGGCAAAGAUAGGAUAAUCCUUGGAUUGGCCGGAAAUUUAAGAGACUACGUUUUCGUGGAUUUUGAGGGUAGAGAGGUUAAAGGGUGUGAGGUUUUGACGCACGAUGGUAAACCCGUUGCCUACGCUGCAUCUCCAACUGAAAUAAUUAACUAUGUCUCUGCUCAUGACAAUGAAACUCUCUUUGACAUCAUCAUGAUGAAGGUGGCGGAAAGUGUGAGCUUGGAGGAUCGCUGUCGUGUCAAUCAUCUCGCUUCGAGCAUAGUUGCAUUGUCACAGGCAAUUCCUUUCUUCCAUGCUGGAGAGGAUAUGCUUCGCUCGAAGUCACUUGAUCGCGAUUCUUACAAUUCGGGAGACUGGUUCAAUAGGCUUGAUUUUUCGUAUGAAACAAACAACUGGGGAGUCGGAUUGCCACCGAAAAGCAAAAACGGAGAAAAAUGGCUAAUCAUGAGAAAGCUUCUAGGUAACGAGUCAUUGAGACCGAGCAAGGAUCACAUUCUCGCGGCCGUAGCAAACUUCCAAGAUCUGCUGAAGAUCAGAUUCUCGUCCCCACUCUUUCGACUGAAAACCGUCAACGCCAUCCAGGCUAGACUGCAGUUCCACAACACCGGCCCUGCGGCAAUUCCCGGGAUUAUAGUCAUGAGCAUUCAUGAUGGCGAUGAAGGAGAGCCUGGACUCCUCCAGAUCGACUCCAACUUUCGGAUCAUCGUCGUGGUAAUCAAUGCUCGUCCAGACGAGGGAAUCCUCAAAGUUGGCCUCUUGAGAGGCUUCAAACUAGAACUCCACCCCGUCCAGGCCGCUUCCCAAGACGAGCUCGUCAAGGCCUCCAGUUGCGAUGAUGGAACCUUCGCUAUUCCCAAACGAACAACCGCGGUUUUUGUCGAGAAGCGAUGCUGCUGAUUGACUUCGUCCUCUUUAUUUUCCAGACAAGAACCACUUUCCAGGAAAAACGAAAAAAAAAAAAAAACAAAAACAAAAAUAAAAACCUUCUGUGGUAAAUGCUGCUAUUUCGGAACUUCGAAGCCAGAUUCCUUGGUCAUCUCCUAAUUGUUAAGACUGAAAGAAACA